GCAGCAGCAGCAGCCGGAGACAGACUGCGUAAAGUGGAGGAAAUAACGGGGGAGAGAGAGAGAGAGAUUUGGGGGGGAGCUUUUCUUACAUAAACGGGGGGUUUCUUCACCGCAGAGAAGGACAACUGACGGAGAGAAAAUCGGCUCCAAAUGGCCAAACCGCAGGAGGUGGAGCGCAUCGCCAAAAAGCUGGAUAAAAUGGUGCACGUGAAGGACACGGACGGAGCUCUCGACCUGCUGAGGGAACUAAAGGACAUGAAGAUAUCUCUGGAGACCCUGCAGUCCACCAGAGUUGGGAUGUCGGUGAACGCGGUGAGGAAACACAGCUCCGAUGAAGAAGUUCAGACUUUGGCCAAAGCGCUCAUCAAGUCCUGGAAGAAACUGCUGGACGGUUCAGUGGAGAAGCCGGACGAGAAGGAGAAAAAGAGAGAAGGCUCCCCUGUGAGGUCGUCGUCCGCCUCCAAGGACUCCGGCAACAGCGAGAAAAGCAGUAUGAAGUCAGGGGAGUCCCUCAGCACACCCACCUCACCCUGUGCGCCCACCGCGCCCACCGCACCUCCCUCCCCCACUACCUCAACGCCUCCCCCUCCGAUGGCCUCGUUCCCCCCGGCCCCCGUCACCACCCACGGCGUGCGCAACAAGUGUCGAGAGCUGCUGGUGGCGGCGCUGCAGACUGAUGAUGACCACAAGACCAUCGGUGUCCACUGUGAAAAUCUUGCAGCACAAAUUGAAGAGGAGAUCUUCCAGGAGUUUAAGACGACGGAUAUCAAAUACAAAACCCGUCUGCGAAGCCGCAUAUCCAACCUCAAGGACCAGAAGAAUCCCGACCUGCGGCGCAACGUACUGUGUGGAAACAUCUCUGCUCAACGCAUCGCCUCCAUGACGGCUGAGGAGAUGGCAAGUGCAGAGCUGAAGCAAAAGCGACAGGAUCUGACAAAAGAGUCCAUCAGAGAGCAUCAGCUGUCAAAGGUCGGUGGAACUGAGACGGACAUGUUCAUCUGCAGCAAGUGUCACGGAAAGAACUGCUCUUACACGCAGGUGCAGAUCCGCAGUGCUGACGAGCCCAUGACCACCUUUGUGCUGUGUAACAACUGUGGCAACAGAUGGAAGGUAAAUGACAAUAAAAAAAAAAAAAGUAUUAAAUAGUAUCAACAGACGUUUAAAAGGUGCUAAAUUCCAAAUUCAGACCAUAUGUACGAUCAAGGGAUCGGCCCACAUGGCUUCUAACGUGGCGACCGCUCAAACAACGGCAACAGUGCUGACGGUGUUAACUUGUAGGGGAACCGGAUGGUAGCAGCUACACUUCCUCCACAACGCCACCUACACCCGUCUACACCCAGGUGUGAGCACCACGUGAGCUCCGUGCAGAGUGAGCCUGCCAUGUUUACAAAGCACAGACCGAGCGAAGCUUAGACACGCGCAGAGAGAGUGACUAUAUGCUUUGCGCAGUUGGACAUAUACGCUUUAUAUAAAGUCUCUGAAUUGGAGGUUUCCACCUUUUAAGGUUAAACCUGCAAUGAUCAAGUAAUGAUAUCCGCAGUUUGCAUGUUAGUAUUUCUGCACAUGAAAAUACAAGCAUUUUUCACUAUUGUCACUGAUAAUGAAAGGCAUUUUGUUUUUGUGUGGGAGAUGAAUAACUGAAGUAAGUAGGGCGAGAAGCUUCACUAAAUAACUAAAUGAUAAAGGUUGGCGGGUGGACGUGUGAGGGACACUCGCCACAAGAUGGCGGCAGAGACCAGGCUCUAACUGCUCCUCCUCUUCCUCCCCCCUAACCGAACUCCUGGCUCUCCACUAAUUGGAGACACUGAAGGCUCGUGGGAAGUGUCCCAGCACGUCCUCCAUCUGAAACAUGGCAUGAGGCUUUAAUGUUUAUCAAACAGAUAUUUAAUCUGAUAUUUUUAAACCACGUUUAGUUUCAUAUCCUCCCUGAACUCAGGAAUGUUUCCAAAUAAGCAUUCAAAAGUUGUUUUUGUGGUAUAUAACAAUGAAAUCUCUUUUCAUUGUAAUACAGUUCAGUGGUCAAAAUCUUGAACAAAACGUGUUCUGUAAAAUCAAAGUGGUGCUAUAAGAACCUAAAGAGCUCCUCAGAAGUGAAGCGUUAGCUGAUUCGUCUCUGUAAUUAUGAGCUACAAAUGUCUAUGACGAGUACCUGAUGCCACUGGUACAAUAUGCAGCCAUGCAAACUUUCAAGGCAAGGUAAACAAAACGUUAACAUUUUAGAUUUUUUUUUAGAAUUGUAAUUCACUGCAAAGUAAACUUUAAUACUAAUAAUAUAUUUUUUUGUCUUUCUUACAGUUCUGUUGAAGAGUGUGUGUGCGUGUUUGUGUGUGAGUAUUACUCCAUCAUGAAGCAAACUGACUAGUGAAUUGAUUGUAAAAAUAAUGAUAAUUAAAACAAAAAUUUAGUUUUUCUUUUAUGUAUAUAAAAGUGAAAGCUGGUGUAUAUUUAGAGAAGAAUAUGCUAGCUCAUGUUUUGUUUUUGCGCACUUAGAAGAAAGAAUUUCUUGAGCUAGCAGAAGCUUUAAGCAAUGUUACAAUAACAUUUAGGCUUAAUAAAAUAGCGGAUGUGCCUUUCUUUGCCAUGUUGUGCUGCCACAAUAUUUUCCCUUAACAUUUCUAAUAAAGUGGCUCUUGGAUUACAA